AUGGAUUCACUUCCGACAGAGCUAAUUCUCCAUAUCACGUGCCAAUUUGACCUGCAGGAUAAAUUCCAUCUGUCCCUCACAAACCAUCAGAUACGCGCCAUUAUCGAGCCAGUUCUGACCAAGUACAUACAAUCUCUGACCUCUCAAAUCAGGAUACCUGAAUGGAAAAUACCCUCAUAUGCCGGAAAGUCCCCUCUAGGACUCAACAUAUCUUACCAAGAUACUUAUCAGCUUCUUGCCUACUUUGUCAGCAUCAAGCUCCUCCCCAGCCCCUACGCAUUGGAUCGCCGCUCAGCCCUUCAGUUGACGGCACCAUUCGCCCCCAGGACAUUCUCACGAGUCAAUUUCCACGAAGCCCAUCAAAUGUUGCUUGAUUUGUUCACUCCACAGAUGUGGGCGGAAUUGUCAAGCCGCAGCGAUAAGGAUCAGCGCGCUGCAAUGGCGAAGUACGUUGAAGGCUUGGAUCCGCAGGAACUGAUAGACGGGUCUUGGUAUCAACAGCCAGCGCUAGGGAUUUGCUUAGAACUUCAAGAGAUGUGGGAGGGUUUGAGAAUUGUGUAUGAGAAAGAAGAAGAUGUCAUAGUUCUUUCGCGGAGAAAAACAAGCAAGAGAGAAGAUGCUGAGGUUGUCAUGAAAAACCAAGGGACAGAAAGCUUGAGUGUUCACGAAACGGAGAAACCGUGA